AGGUCUAUAGAAGAGGUUCCAUGAUGUGACAUCCUUGUAACGGAACGGGAUGGUGAAGUUGAAUCUCAAGAAUGUAUUUGGAAAGUUAGCGACCGAGCGGCGGCGUGCUCAAUCGGCCGCAGAGAGCCGAAACAGCGGUUUUCGUGAGGAGCCUCUUUCAGCCACGGUUAAUACUGUUAAGGACUGAUUAAAGGUCUUUCGCUUAUCGUUUGUUUUGCUUCUCCUAAGGGGAAAAGGCAGAACACCAACACGCGGGUGGAACAGCAAGACCAAAACUCUACCUCUAAUACUGCAGAAGGAUCCACCUGCUCGCCAUCUCUCAACCGUAAAAGGCCUAAACACGCAGACGAGGACGAGGCAGAACAAGAAAGCAUAGUGUUAAGGAUGUAGGAUGUACGAGUCUUCUAGGAGUAGGACUACCAAAAAUAUGAUCUUCUUGAUGAGGAAGAUAUCAUUUCUAGAUGCGCACUGGCAACCGUACAUGUGGUGCCAUCGAAGGAACUCAUUCGCUGGCUUGAAGGUUUCCUGAUUCUGCGGAAGCUGUUUGCUUUACUCAGAAACCAGGAAGAAGUGCUGAAACACUACCGCUAAUUGCGGGAAAUACCAGUGAAGAGAAGACCGCGAGUCCGCAAGAAUCCAAUAAUGUUGCUGUUGGCGACAUUGUCUUUGUGCAUAUGCUGCAAAAAAAGCCGCAGUUUAACCGGCAUGUGGGCCGCGUCUUGAGCUAUAUGCAUGACAGUGGCAGAUUCGGAGUUCAACUGCAUGAUGCAGGAGAUGGCGGUGGUCGUGAUAGUGAUCGUGAAGCCGAAGGACCACUAGAGCAGUACGCAAUGGAAGCAGGCGAGAGAGGCCCGUCGGAAAGAGGUUUGUCGUUGGCACCACGCUCUAAUGUUGUAUGUGGAAAGAGGCUGGCAGAUUUUUUCGGAGAUUUUGGAAGGACGUCAGAAGAAUCCACGACCAGAAGAGCGCAACAACCGGCGCAGCCAGGCUCAUCUCCUCUCAUCGCGGUUCGGCCUCAGAACUUGACCGUAUUACGCCACUUCUGUUGUCGCGAGCCGGAUGAGGGCGCUUCCACCGCUUCAGCAUGCUCGAGUGACCCUAGUACCGAUAUUAAGGGCAGUACUACGCAUUAUCCCGCAUGGGGUAUCCUAAACGGAUGCCACUCAACCACCAAGGGGAUUCUGCGGUAUUGACGUCACGACGGAGAAAGAGAUAGAGAGAAGUUACCUCAAGAAAUAGAGGUAAUACCAAUUCUUUUUUGGAUGUUGGCACCAGCGAAGUGAGGACCCUAAGUGACUAGGACUAGGUAGUACCUCUCUAAUCCUGAUAGCUUUCAAAAUGGCCUUUCAUCGUCGAAAAUCAAGGAAGUAUCCGCGCUUGGUAGAUCCAAAAGUAUGAUUAGCAUCGUGAAAGAGGAGGUAGCAGUAGGAGAUACAGAUGUAGUUGCCGAAAGGGGGGUCGGGGAGGCCAUAGGUGGAAGUGAGGGAGCAGAAGCGGAAGAUACCUCUAAAGGAGCAUCCAGUACGAAGCAUGAGCAAGGCGAGCCGACUCGAUUUCCACGCGUAUGUUGGAAAAGUGGACACGUUACGGGGACGCAAAGCUUUGCCUUCCAGCGACAGCGCUUGGCUUCACUCUUCGGCGAAAAUUUAGCAACUCUGAUCGACUGCCCAACAAUUGGUGACUGUGUCGCGUCGUUUGCACAGGUCGCUCGGAUCUUAGGACGAAAACUCGAAGAGCCUCUGGCAUUGCAAGUCGCUUCGUUUCUCCUCAUCAAGCGUGCUGGCGCACAACGUGACGAGAGGGCUAUAGCUGUAAGGACGAAAGAUGAAGAAAACUUCAGCAGUUGUGGACUGGGAGCUGGUUCUCAGGACCAGCUCAAGACGAGCAAAACGAGAGGAGCCACAGAUCCACUAAGAGAAUAUCAGGAAGAUGAUAUCUAUGGCGUCAAUAGAAGGCACGCAAGGAAGAUGGGGCAAAAAUCGCGGUACUCUCAACACGACAGGCUUUUUUCGCAUGCAAGCUCGUCUGAAAUCUACGUUCACACCAACUCACAUCGUGGCGAUUACCCCCUAGAAGAAGUUCUGACAAAUUCAGAUGCGCGUUGGUUUAUUUCUGGCGGCCCUCUGCGACGCACCGGACCAGUCAAAUUGAGUUUCGAGUUCAUUGACAGGAACGAUCUGAAAACGUACACGGGCUGGCGCCGCUGCAGGAUGCUCGCGAUCCGCAUUCCGCCCCUGCCUUUUGGGCCACUCAGUGUUCGCAAGUUUUACCUCCAAGCAGCGUGCGCAACUCAAGACGGCAUAGUAAAUUUCGAACCUCCACGGUCAUCGGCUUCGGCUGCAGCCGGCUUCUCUGUCUCUCCGAGAAGAGCCACAGGAAUUCAAGCAUGCACUUCAGUUGUAGCCGGCUUCUCUUCGAGGAGAGCCGUAGGCAUUCAAGCAGACCAGGAGGAAGAGGAGGCCGCACCAAGGAGUGCAGACCAACAAGGGCACGGCAGAAUGUGCGACUUGCUCCCAACCGGUUCCCUAGGCCAACCGCUGUGUACCUGGCAUCGCAUUCCUCACAAUAAAACGGAGUAUUUCUCAACAAUAGAUGUUCCAUGUACACAAUACUUUGUGAUUGACCCACCCGUUGAUGCAUGCAAAAUGCAGGUAGUAAUGAUCAGCAAUGCGGCUGAUGACGACUCCACGUCCGUAGGCUUGUACUAUGCUGGCUUCGCCUGAUAGAUUGCUUACGGGAAUAUGCAGUAUGACUAUCGGUGAUGAUGUGACGAGUCUGAAGUUGUGGCUGGUUUUUUCUUUUUCCAUCAGUGAGAACCAAUCAAAAGCAUCAUCCGUGUCAUUCCAGCAGCCUCCUCCGACUACUACUACUAGAAUCUCUUUCAUAUUUGUGUUCUGCAUGGAUUACUUUUACAUUUACCGACUUCAUGUUUAUCACACCUCGUGCUCUUAGGUAGCUAAAGUAUCAUGAGCAACACAAGACUGCUGUUACAAGCAACAAGUGCAAAUUGUGCGGAGGCGAACGAGCUAGCAGUGCUGUCAGAAUGCAGAAGUCCCUCGUAAGAACAGAGUCGAAAUGCAACCUCAUCAAUCGCAUUUAACACAAUAACACGAAUGAAUAGCUGCUCAGGAGUCCCAUAAAGUUACUACAACUUCUUAUGGUGCAACGACAUACUUACUUUUCGUUUUCUGUAUGCGACGCAUUACAUAAAAUUACCCGACAGGCAAUUGAUUCAGUGAUAGAUAUCUGGAAAUUUGUGACGGUUGGAUUAUUCACCACACGAGAAACUACUCUGAGGUUGUAAAAGUGGUGAGUGUGGAGAUUGUACCAAAUAUAUUUAGUGAGUUGCGAAAUGUACUAUGCUGUACAUCUGUUGGCACAGCAAACUUUUAGUGGUUGAUGAAUCGUAAGGAAUGCGGAUGAAACAAAGACAAAGUCA